AUAGAACUCAAGGUGUUCCGUGUUUUUUUUUUUUUUUUCAAAAGACAUACCUUUCGCACGUAAAAUAAGAAGUCGUAGCUGCUUGCUUUGGGUUUGAACAGGUCUCCAGUCGAUGUUCUUAUUGAGAAGAAGCUCUGAGCACCAAUGGCGUCGUCUCUCUCCACACUACAGCAGCACCUCUUAUGUCCUAUUUGCUUGGAAAUUUUUACCGACCCAGUUUUACUGUCCUGUGGGCACAGUUUCUGCAGGACGUGUCUACAGCAGAGCUGGACUCAGAGUCCAGGUAGAGAAUGUCCCGUAUGUAGAAGACGCUCAUCAAAAGAACUACCUGCACCUGAUCUGGCUCUGAGGAACACCUGUGAAUCUUAUCUACAGCAGAAGAAAGAGGAAGGUUCUAGAUCACAGGGUGUUCUGUGUUCUCUACACUCUGAGAAGCUCAGUAUGUUCUGUGUAAAUGAUGAGAAGCUGGUCUGUGUGCAGUGCGUAACUGAAGAUCAUCAGAAUCACAGUUUCUGCUCCAUCAGUAAAGCUGCAGACUCUCGAAAGGAAACACUUCAGACCCAUCUUCAAACUUUGGAGAAGAAGCUUGACAUUUUUAAAAAUGUUAAAGAUAACAGUGACAGAGUGGCUGCGCACAUUAAGUCUCAGUUCCUGCAGACUGAGGAGAGGAUAAAGCAGGAGUUUGAGAAGCUCCACCAGUUCCUCAGAACAGAGGAGCAGAACAGAAUCUCUGCUCUGAGAAACGAAGAGGCUGAGAAGAGCCAGAAGAUUAAGAACAUCAUUAAAGAUCUGGAAAAUCAGAUAAAGGAGAUCAGCACUCGAAUCAGAGAGUCGGAGGAUAAGAUAAAGGAUGAAGCCUUGCUUCUGCAGGACUUUAAGAGAGCAAUUCAAAGAGCUCAGUACACUGUUCCAGAUCCAAAACCUGAUUCAGUGCCUCUGAUUGAUGUGGCCAAACAUCUGGGGAACCUGAGCUUUAAUGUGUGGAGAAGAAUGAAGGACUGCUGUCCAUACUAUCCGGUGGUUUUGGAUCCAAACACUGCAAACUCCUCCCUCAGUAUCUCAGCAGAUCUGAGCAGUGUCUCAAUCUCUACUGAAAACCAUCAACUUCCAGAUAAUCCAGAGAGGAUGAGCGUUUAUGAAGUGGCUCUGGGUUCUGAAGGGUUCUCCUCAGGAACCCACAGCUGGGUGGUGGAGGUUGGAGACAAUAAGAACUGGGUUGUAGGAGUAGCUGAAGAGUCCGUCAACAGGAAGGAAAGAAUUGGAGCAAUCCCAGAGAACGGGCUCUACUGUAUAUGGAGAUGGAACAAUGAAUUUUUUGCUGGAAUUAGCUAUUCUAAUAAAAAGAUUAUAGCAGAACCAACUGUGAAGAGAAUUAUUGUGAUUCUUAACUGGGAGACAGGUCAGGUGACUUUCUCCAACUUUGACACUAAAGCAGCCCUACACACCUUUAUAAACCCAAUCAGAAAGAAAAUGUACCCGUACUUCUACAAUACCAGCAUAAACCCACUGAAAAUCCUGCCUCUCCAGACCUCAAUCACAAAUAAAAUCGAAUGAAACUCUCACCAGCCGAUUAAUUACCUGUAAAAUCACUUACUAAUUAAGUAAAAGACAACAACUAGAAAAAAAAUGCUUUUUAACAUAUAUACAUACAAUACAUGUUUUAUAUUGUGACUGUCAUACAAAUAAUGGCAAGUUUCCAGAACAAUUUCCAUCAUUUCUAUUGGUCCAACUUGGCUUCCCUGGUUCUAACAAACAAAUGUUGAAUUAUUUGCAUUGCUUAAUUUGCACUAAUAUUAAGUGUUGAAAAUAAAUUAAUUCCACAUGUUUUCUAAACAUGGAAAUAAAAAAUUCUGAUUGUGACGCAGCACCAGUGGGUUCCAAA